AUGGGAGCUGGUGGCAAGAAGGCGAAAGCCAAAGACAAGAGCAGCAAAGCUGCUACCAAGCAGAAGAAUAAGAAGACCAAGAGCCCAGAAGCCACAGAUGAUCAGACGACGACUGAAUCCCCUAUGCCUGGUAGCCCAGAGCUAGUGGUGCAAGAUCAAGAACCUGUCGUCGACACAGUACCGGAAGCAGCACUUGAACCAGCUGCACAGUCUGAGCAACCUGAGCAACUUGAACAUCACGAACGGCCUUCGGCGCUUGAUUAUUUAGACGAACCAGCUCCACAGUCUGAACAACCCGAGCAACUUGAACAUCUCGAACGGCCUUCGGCGCUUGAUUAUUUGGACGAACCAGCUCCACAGUCUGAACAACCCGAGCAACUUGAACAUCUUGAGCGGCCCUCGGCGCUGGAUUAUUUAGACGAACCAGCUGUACAGUCUGAGCUCCCCGAGCAAACCCAGCAACUUGAGGAUAUUGAAAGAGCAUCGGCAUUGGCAUAUUUGGACGACCCAGCUGUAAAUUCUGAGCUGCCGGAACAACCUGAUAAGCCUGAGCAAUCCGAGCAAGUCGAACACUUUGAACAACCAUCCGCAUUGGACUAUCUAGACGAACCAGCCCCAGAAGAAACCCCACUGCCUCCAUCGCCGCCACCACAGGAAGAGGCACUUGGCCAUGCGGAGCUUGAACACACCGGCAUUCCCACACAGCCCCUGGAAUCUAACCCAGAUCAACAACUUGGUGUAAAUAACGAUACGCCCGAAACCGAAACACCUGUAUCCAACGCUGAAGAAUCUCACGAGCCUAUCAUUGCGGCCGAGGAGGAACCUCUACCCAAAGAAGAGAGUACCAUUCCCGUUGAGAGUCAGGAGCUUGAGGCGAGACCGCCAACUGCAUCCACUCCAAAUCCAUCUGCUGCUUCAUUUACUCCAUUCUCCCCCGUGCCGACCCAAAUACCUCUGCCAUCGCCUUCUCUCACCGAGGCACGGUUUAUGUCAAGCCCUCCACCAGAUAAUAACUACUAUUAUUCUGGAUAUUCUGGAUCACCGGCCUUGGUUCCCUACGUUCCACAAUACGCACCUCAAUCCCCUUACGCCUCGCCGUACGCAUCACCCUACGGUUCCCCCUACGCCUCACCUUACGCCUCACCGGUGCCCAAAGUUAGCAGCCCUCUGGCUCGCUCACAUUACCCUUAUAUGCCUCCUGCCAUGUCGCCAACCGCAACUCCUCCACCCCCACCUCUUGCCCCGUCUGCCCCUGUAGCUCGGUCAUCACACUCAAGGGCCUCGAGGGCACCAUCAAUCGCUCAUAGCCAAAGUUACUCAACCGCUGUUCACUCUCCAGUCAUGAGUACAGCAAGCGUUGUUUCUCCAUACACUCACGCACCCUAUCCUCACUACCCCCCAGAUGGCCACUCUAUGCAGCGAACCUACAGUGACACCGACCCUUCGCCGUAUGCAGCAUCAUUCCAGGCGAUCCGCGAACUUGGCCUAGGCAAUGCCAGACCUACUGAUAAUGGUGGCCCAUCCCCACCAGAUAGCGAUGCCGAGCAUGCAGAGCUUCUUCACCGAAUUCAAUCUGCACUUCCUGAUAUCAACCGCCUUCUCCAUGGGUUCAAGAGUACGCACAGCAAACUCUCGAGCCGAGAGGCGGAGAUGAAGCAGAUUGGAAAUCAACACGAGCAGGAUUUGCUACACAAAGACUUCUAUAUUGAGGCGCUACAGUCACAAAUGAAGAAGACUGCCACUGAAAGCGCCGAGGAGGGUGCCAAGCUGAAGAACAUCAUCAACGAAUUACGGAUGGAGCUGGGCAACCUUCAAGAAAAGCAGAAAGAUCUCGAGGAAGGUCUGGCUAUUCACCAGAAGUCGAACGAAGAACUCUCGCAGUCCAAGGUUGAACUUGAGGAUGAGGUUGAUAAACUCAACAGGACCAUUCAAGAGAACCAGGAUGCACAUGCGAAGGAGAAGAAGGAACAAGAGGAGGAGCAUGCGAAUGCGCUUACAACUCAGAAGCAGGACUUGACCGAGCUCUUUGAGGAGAUUAAGAGCGAGGAUGAGAAAGCCGCCAACGAGACCUUGGAGGCCCGUGAGAAAGAAUUGCUUGAUCAACACGAGACCCGCAAGGGGGAGUGGGAGGCCGAGAAGGGACAGUUGAAUGAGUCUCUCGAGGCUCACCGAAAUGAUCUUGAAGCCUCCAAUUUUGAUUUGGCUGCCAAGGUCUCUGAGCUCGAGUCCAAGGAAAACGAGCUACAAGCCCAGCUUGGUGAACUCACUUCUGUGCGCGAAGAGGUGGCUAUCAAGCUGACCGAGCUGGCAGUCAAAGAGAGUCAGUUGGAGGCAAAGGAGAACGAGUUGGCUGAAGUCCGAGCAAAGAGCGCCGAUGAACUAGAAGCUCUCAAGCAAGGACAUGCUGGCGAACUGGACUCCUUGCACAACAAUCACGAGCAACAAGUAGCUGCGGCCGCCAAGGAAUUUGAUGAUAAGAUUGCUGCCAUUGAGGCGCAUCUUAACGCCAAAGAACAGUCCUGGUCCGAGGAGCGUGUUGAGUUGGAGAAGUUGCUCUCGGAGAAGGACAGCGACCUGCAAAGCUCGGAGCGAGAGAAGGAGAGACUAGAGGGAGAUUGCCUCAUCAAGGAACAGCAGCUUCAGCGGGCUGUUGAUGGGAUGCGAACCACAAUCGACCAUCUCGGUGAUGACUGCGACCGGCUGAGAAAGACACUACACAGCCUAGGUGAAGCGACCGAUCUCAAGACCACCAAGGGCGAUGAGUUCUUUCAGGACUGUUUUGCUCAGCUCUCGCAACUGAUUCACGAACUGUCCAAAGAACACUUUUCUUACCUUCCCAUCGACCCGCCCAAGGAUAUCCUCUCGAAGAUUCCAUCCGAGCUUCCAUCCUUCCUCGACAACACCCCGGCCUCUCGUGAGCUCCGUUGUGCAUACGUCGAGCAUGUCGUAUCCAAGACCAUCACAUACCGGGUCUUCCAGCCCUUCCUCUUCACUUUGGGUCGCCGAUACGACAAAGCCGACACUUUCUUCCAAAUGUUAUCCAUGGACAUCCGUCGAAAGUCUGUCCGCCGCGAGGCCUUCUGGCGCCAGCAAACCCUCAAAGCAGCUUACACCACCUCCGACGCCAAGCAAUCCAUCAACGUGGCUGCGGCAGUGAUUGUAGACGAAAUCAUCGACCACAUCAAGCACUUUGCUGACCCUAAACACCUGGACACCCUUCUUACCGGCGUUCGCAAGAUCGUAAAGCUGGCCGCCGAAACCUGGCGCCACGCUCGCGUCGAGCGGGAGCUUGUUCUUGCAUCAUUCCCCGCCACUGAUUCCGAGAGCGUCUCCAAUGACGGAUGGGAUGAGUACGGCGUCCCCAACGAAUCCAGUACGGGUGCUAAGGGAGAUCCUGCCCGCCAUGUUGUUCUCCGCACAUUCCCCAGUGUCUUACGAGAGGCUGCUCACGAAGACUUUGCGAGUGGCGAGCGGGCUAAUCCGUGCAUCUACUCCCACGGUGUUCUUCUUUAUUCGGACUCUCCAGUCGUCAUGGCCCGUCUGCAGGAAUUGGCGAAGAAGUCGACUGACACUUUGGUUGCCGAUGAGCAGUAUUCGCCGCCUAAGACUCCGAAGGGCUCUCGUGAGAAUCUGGCUUUCAAAGGGAUCGAGAGGUUGGCGACUCUGACGGUUCAGUCGGCGCCGACUAGCCCGACACCUAAGGGUCAGUUUCCAAAUUAG